GUAAUUAUAACGGUAAUUGCAACCGUUAUUCCUUACUGUUAUCUAUGAUCUUUUUUAAAAAAAAAACUAAAAUAUUCCUUCUAAAAAAUAAAAAUAUAACUCCCGCCACCCUUUCGCUCCAAUUCCAAAGCUUUCGUUCCAAAAUCCCCUAUUCACCAAAUCAUCUUCUUCUUCACAUUAAUUUCACUCCACCAAAUCACCAAAUCCCCAAAUCUAUUCGCAUGUGUUAAGUGUGAAAUUGCUAAUCCUCUUCGCAUCUCUUCCACCAAAUCACCAAAUCUCGAACCCUUGUCGCCGCCCUAGCUUUCUCCAACUGCCGCUCCAGCCUUUCCUGGCCGCCGUCGGCUCGCCCUGCCCUAUCUCCUUCGAUUGACAGUCCGCCGCCCUCACCUAGCCUGUCCUGGACGACUCCGCAGCAGCAGCAUUUUCCAACGCCAAGUUCCCAGCGAAAGGGUACAAGGGUUGCGUUGGUGGACAAAUCAAAAAAAAAUUCUAGCUUAUGGAACAGUGUUUGCCAUCGGUAGUGUUCUACAUGGUGCUCCAAUGCCUGCAAAUAGCUUACGCAUGUCAAUUGAUGAGAUUUUGGAUGAAUUUGCAACUCUUCCCUAUCCUGUAUCGGAUGAGAUACAGACUGUUGGGAGUGCAUUAUUAGGCAGUCAUGUAGCAUGGCCUAACCCUUUGGUGUUGGAAAGAUCAGUUGAGACACUUAGUACGAAGAAGAAGAAGGCUGACAAAAUAUUGAUCAAGGAAUCUUCAAUAAACAAAAUGUCAUCACUGCCUCCUUCAUUAAUAGCACUGUACUAUGUGAUGGAGAAAUUGUUUAAGAGCAGUCGAGGACUACAGUUGCCAAUAGAUACUGAGCUUUUUGGGGUUGAAAUUAGUCUCUGGAUUGUGGAGCGAGAUCUAAUUCCUUUCUGUAACAUGGAGCCUAUUACAGGAAGUUCCAUCGUCGCAUAUGUUUUCCAUUUGUACAGAAACAUGAAUAAAGAUCAAGCUGGCAAAUUUCUAUUUGUGAACCCGUUCACUAUCUCACACUCUAGCAAGUUAUCAAUCGAAGAUAGGGCACGCGCAUUAUCAGAACGAUUGCUUCUUACAACUGCAAAUCAAAUUGUUUUGGCGCCUUGCAAUGUGGAUUCACAUUGGAUACUCACAGUAAUUGUACCACACAAAGGCCACGUGUAUAUGUUCGACUCUCUUUAUAAUAGAAUUCGUGAUGUCUCUUGGAAAGCUGCUGUUGACAAUGCUAUGAGUAUCUACAAUGCAAACAAAGGAAAGAAAUUCAAGAACUCGGCAAAAUGGGAAACUAUAAAGGCUCCUAAGCAACCUGAUGGUACGAAAUGUGGAUUUUUUGUGAUGCGCUAUAUGAAAGAAAUAGUGCAAGGGUUUGAAAAGGACGCCAAUAUUUCUCUGCCAUCAUUGUUUACGAAUGUACAAUAUUCUCAAGUUGAAAUCGAUGAAGUUCGCGAGGAAUGGGCUAAGUGUGUUCUUACACAUGUAUUGGACUAAUCAGGUGGCAAUAACAGUUAGCAGGAAGAUAGGAAGCUAGAUGUGGCAUUUUGGUUGGUGUUUUGUAUGUUUUUUGAAUCUGGAAAAAAUGUAAGAAUUUGGUGAAGCAAGUGUUGAACACCAUUUUUUUGUUAAUAUUGUUUGGAUGUAAAUUACAUGACUACUUUAGGUACUUUGAAGCUACAAUGUAUGGAAGUUUAAGUUAUGUUAUAUAAUAUGUUUUGGAUUGUAUUA